AUGCUAGGGAAUUGGAAUAUCCUCAAUAACUAUGAUUCUGUUGUCAAUAGAAGAAUUUGGCUUCUCUGGAAGAAAGGCAUUGACCUUUCCCCUUGCCACUCAAAUGAUCAAAGUAUUACUGUUAAAUGCCUUACUAAUACCACUACUUUCUUUAUCACUGCCAUCUAUGGCAGUAAUAGUGGUUCCCAUAGAAGAUCUAUUUGGCAACACGUCAGAGACCUUGACUCCAUGUAUGGUUCUUUUCCUUGGAUUUUGGGAGGUGACUUCAACACCUAUCUUCACUACAAAGAAAGCUCUGAUUUCAAUCUUCUUGGCCUUUAUUCUUCCUAUGAUAUGCUUGACUUUCAAGAAGUUGUUCAAGACCUUUCUCUUCAAGAUCAUCCAUUCUUUGGCCCCACAUUUUCUUGGAUCAACAAGCAAAAAGAUAAUUACCUUGCUAGAAAAUUAGAUAGGGUGUUAAUUAACCCUCCUUGGACUUCUUUAUUUCAAGACUCCUUUGUUGAGUUUUUAGCCCCUGGUCAUUCUGAUCACAAUAUGGCUUUGCAACCUAUUCAAGGCAACCCAAUGCAGAAACUCUUCCUUAAACUUAAACGUUUAAAGCCUUCCCUGAAGAAACUUAACAAAAAUAAUUAUAGUGAAAUCUCGACAAGGGUUAGACUAAAGAAAAUUGAGUUGGAAACUGUUAAAAUUUAUACCCUUAAUGGGCAGAAUUCUAUUGCAGAAGAACUAAAGAUCCAAAAAGAGCUAAUUUCCCUUGAGGAAUCUGAAUACAUGUUCCUAAAACAGAAAACAAAAGUUAGAUGUAUUAAAGAAAGAGACAAAUGCACCAAACUUUUCCACUCUACUAUUGCCUCUAAAUUCAAAAGAGAUAUAAUCAGGGUUCUAACUAACAAUGAGGGCAAAAGAUUAGAUUCCUUUGAUGAUAUGGCAAACGAAAUCAUAGAUUACUUUAAGAAUCAAUUAGGGACUUCUGACCCUAAUGUUCUUCCUGUUGAUUCUGCUCUCUUGAAGAAUCUGCUCCAUUUUUCUCUGCCUAUUGAGACUGCUACUGAACUUACUAAGAUAGUUACUGCUGAAGAGAUUAAAGAAGCUUUGUUUAGUCAAGGAUUCUUCAAAGGCCAGAGAGGUAUAAGACAAGGAGACCCACUAUCUCUAACUCUUUUUUUGCUGGCUAUGAACAUUUUAUCUAAAAUCCGUAACCUUGUUGUUGCCAAAGGAAACCUUGAGUCCAUUGUUGGUGUUACCAGUAUUCUCAAUCACUUAUAUACCUUGUCUGGUCUCAACCUCAAUGUCAGCAAGACUGAGUUCUUUACUGUUGGAAUUUCAGCUAGAACUCUUGAUUCAAUCAAAUCUGCCACUGGCUUUAAGCAAGAAUUUUUUCCUGUAAGAUAUCUAGGUGUUCCUCUUGUCACUAGAAAACUUACUGAAACUGAUUGUAUUCCUCUCCUUAACAAUAUUAAAGCACGACUUCACCACUGA